AUGCGAGAGUGUGAGAGGGUUGAUGGGAAGUGGAAGAAGUCGAUGACACUGUGUCCCCGAGUUGUCUGUGAAGGGGGUCCAGGGACUGCAGCCUCCAGUACGUCCGCUCCAGCACUUCGGACGGCCGACGCUGCCCAGCGCACGGGGCGAGGCAGGAAAACCAGCCGCCGAAACCGGGCGCCGGGUCAGGUGCCCUCGGCCGCCGACGCUUCCCCGGCGGCCCCGCCCACCCCGCCCCAGGCCCGCCCACCUCCCCGUCGGCGCCUUAAAUCCACGGGCCGCGGCCCGCUUCCCCCGCGGGCCCGCACCGAAAACCCGGGCUCCGCAAGCUUCCGGCGUCCAGCCACGGCCAGAGACAAAGGAAGGGGCCGGGAGACCGCCUCCCGGGGAUCUAAAGGGCUGGGACGUCUGCGCUCCGGAUUUCUCGGCCGGGGGGCGCAGGCUCGGGACGGGAAAGCGAGGCCGGAGCUCCGUCGCGCGUUUGCGGGCGCACCUGUGCGCCGCCCUCCCCAGUUCCGACGCCUGCUUGGUGCAGGUGACUGCACCAUUCAAGAAAAAAUAGACUUGGAAAUUCGAAUGCGAGAAGGAAUAUGGAAACUCCUUUCUCUGAGCACUCAAAAAGACCAGGUUUUACAUGCAGUUAAGAAUCUCAUGGUGUGCAAUGCUCGAAUAAUGACUUAUACAUCGGAGCUACAGAAAUUAGAAAAGCAGAUUGCAAAUCAAACUGGAAGUUGUGAUGUGUAUUUUGAAAGUAAAGAACGAACAGCAUGUAAAGGAAAGAUUGCCAUAUCAGAUAUUCGAAUACCACUAAUGUGGAAAGACUCUGAUCACUUCAGCAAUAAAGAAAGAUCACAACGCUAUGCUAUUUUUUGUUUAUUCAAAAUGGGAGCUAAAGUUUUUGAUACUGACAUGGUGAUUGUAGAUAAAACAAUCACAGAUAUAUGUUUUGAAAAUGUAACCAUAUUUAAUGAAGCAGGACCAGACUUUCAGAUGAAAGUAGAAGUGUACAGUUGUUGUAUAGAAGAAUCUUCCAUAACCAACGCACCAAAAAAGCUAGCUAAGAAGCUUAAGACAUCUAUAAGUAAAGCUACAGGAAAGAAAAUAAGUUCAGUACUUCAAGAAGAGGAUCACGAAACAUGCUUGCUCCUCAGUUCUGCUGUUUCGUAA